UGACCCCCGCGUCGGCCAACCGGCACGCAGGGAUUUGGGGGGCAAAGCGCGGCCCCGCGAGCAGUUGCGGCGGGAGAGCGGCGGGCCGAGAGCGUGACUCGCCCGCUCCGGCGCUGCCUGCUUCCCCGCCGCCGCCUCCCGCCGCCGCGCGCAGCCAUGUCCGAGGAAAAGCCCAAGGAGGGGGUGAAGACCGAGAACGACCACAUCAACCUGAAAGUGGCCGGGCAGGACGGCUCCGUCGUGCAGUUCAAAAUCAAGAGACACACGCCGCUGAGCAAGCUGAUGAAGGCAUACUGCGAGAGGCAGGGCUUGUCAAUGAGACAGAUUAGAUUCAGGUUUGACGGGCAGCCGAUUAAUGAAACAGACACCCCCGCGCAGCUGGAGAUGGAAGACGAGGACACCAUCGACGUGUUUCAGCAGCAGACGGGGGGCUCGCGCGGCAGCCGCUGCCGCUAAGGGCGCCACCUCCACAGGGACCGCCCCCACCGUGUCUUCGUCCUCGCGUCCGCUGUCGAAGAGUGAGCAAGUGGCCAUGCCGGUCACAAAGGAGUCUGCAGAGACCCGAGGACUGUCACCAAAGUCACUUUCCCUCCGACAUUCGGCGAGGGCAACUCCGAACUCUGUGUGCGGGGCCACGGCUGAGACCCGGCCGGUCACACUUGUCUUUGCGUAAAACAAGUUGCAAGGUUUCUUUUGGUUUGUUUUUGCUUUCGGUUUUGUUUUCCCUCCCCAGAGCGUUCCCCAAACUGUGGUCUGCAGGUCCGCUCUUCGUCCCGAUGGGGACCUGAGCCCGGGUAUCGAUCCCCACCCCCCACCGCUUAUUCCAGCCGAGAACCCCCGGCACCGGAGUGGGGGUGCUUCCGUUGGACAGGUUUUGGGGGCGAUUUGGGAUUGGGAGACAAACUUUCACUGUCUCGUUUAGGCACAGGUCUUUAAAAUGCUAAAUACUGCAUUUCAGAAUACGGUAAAGUUGAAGGGAAAAUACUGGAAUGCUUUUUUAAAAGGUAAAAUGGAAGAUAACCAGGUCCUUCAGAACUCAGCCCUGGGUCCCUGCUCCUCGAGAGACCCUGUGGGCAGGGUCUGGGGGCCGGGAGCCGUCGCCACUCACUGCCAGCUGCCCGGUGCCAUGGUACGGGCAAAGGUCAGUGCAGCAAAAACUGGCUUUUCCCCCAAAUAGAGAAGAACGCAAUCCCCACAUUUCUCACCUGGUAGUAGUGUGGGGUUUCACGCUCCUCCUCGUGUUUGCUUCGGGUAAUUAUGGUGUGUGUAGAAGCAAGCAAGAUUCAGUAUUGCUGAAUUUGCACUUAGAUUUUUGUGUAAAAGACCUGCUUCCAGGUGCGUUACCAGUGACACCGGUGCAAAGGUGACCCUGCGACGCCCUCCUGGACUCGGGCUGUGCUGCUUUCCAAACGGCCGUGGGGUUUACGCUUUAGUACGUGAUUGUGCUUCUGUGACGUGUUGGGAUCUGCACCGAUUAAACUCUGAUAGUUUUCUUCCCGUUGUUCUGUAUGGACCCACGGCUGCCCUGUUCUAGUCAUGGCGUGUGACCGUGACCGUCCUCUCUUGCUUGCCUGAAACCUUGCUGAAGAUGUUCGCAUUUCCUUGUGUUUCGCUGUUUGGGCGUGGGUGGGACGUCUGCUGGCUCUGUUGUGUUUAUUCCCCGAUUUGUAUAUUGUUUGUCGUCCUUUGCUACUGUAAACAGUAAAUAUAGUUUGGUAUUCUGUC